CAGUUUCGGCUGGUUGUCAUUCCCACAGGAAGAAGCGGGCGUGAACGAAAUUUACCUGCCUAGCCUUACCUGGUGCUCCCGCUGUACAUGUCGGUUGUCGAAUUUCAUCUGCCUUUGGACGUUAAACACUGGCUUCAUUUAGGAGUAAAACGGAGAAGGCGUUAAAGGAUGCUAAGAAGAUCCUGACUCGUGGCCCCAAGAUGAGUGUGACAUCAUGGUUCCUGGUCAGCAGCUCUGGCACACGUCACCGGCUGCCACGGGAGAUGAUCUUUGUGGGCCGGGAUGAUUGCGAGCUAAUGCUGCAGUCUCGCAGUGUGGACAAACAGCACGCUGUGAUCAACUACGACACAAACACAGACGAGCACAUGGUGAAGGACCUGGGCAGCUUGAACGGGACAUUUGUGAAUGACCUAAGAAUCCCAGACCAGACGUACAUCACCCUCAAGCUCUCUGAUGUCAUUCGCUUUGGCUAUGAUGCGCAUGUAUAUAUCCUGGAGAAGAGUCAACACAAGGUCCCAGAGGAAGCUCUUAAACAUGAGAAGUACACCAGCCAGUUGCAGCUUGGUAUGAAAACCCUGGAGGCCAAGGCGAAGGAAAAACAGCAGCUCCAGAGCUCGGAGAAGAGCAAAGGCUCUGUUGCUAAUGUCAAACUGCAGGAGAGGGCUGAGGGAAAAGCCCAGUCUCUCAUAGUCUCUGCCACAGAUUCUCCGAUAUCCAAACCUACUCCCCUCUAUGGCCAACCGUCCUGGUGGGGAGAGGAUGAGGACCCAGCCAACAAAAAGGAAAACAGAGGUGGAAAACUGGCAGGACAGGAGUCUCCAGCAGAGCUUUCUAAAGAUGUGUCCAGACAUGAGGUCAACGGUUCUCUGUCCGACAGUCACACCAAGUCCGUCUUCUCCUACCGCCGGGAGCCCAGCUACUUUGAGAUCCCAACAAAGGAAUCUCUGUUGCGCCCAGCAAAGAAACCCGAGUCGCAGGUUCACGAGGUUCCAACAAAGGACACUCCAGAUCCCAAUGAGUUUGUCUCCUCCACCCCUACCCCUCCUGUGGUCCAAAGCCAUGCCUCCUUCACCAUUGAAUUUGAUGAAUGCAUGCCAGGAAAAAUGAAGAUCAAGGACCACGUGACAAAGUUUUCUUUACGCCAGCAGUGCAAACUACCUUCCGCAGAGGUUGCCACCGCACCCAUCGAGGUGAUGUCAGCACAAAGCAAAGUUGCUGAUUGGCUGGUCCAAAGCAACGCUAGCAUGAUGAGGAGGCGGUCACAGUCUGAAGACGUACAUAGCACAAACAGUGACCCAUCAUUGAAGAUCACAAAGGCAAACCACUGCAAAGACGGCACUCACAGUGAUUCAGGAAACCCUGCAAUCAAUGGAAAUGAUUUCUUCCAAUCAGAACCUUGGAUUGGGUCCGAGGAUGCUCCACAACCCCUGAGAGCGUCCCCGCCACAACGCUUUGCCUCCCCUGUCUCCGAGGAGCCCUUGUCCUACUCUCCUCCAGAGUCUAAGUCUCUAUCCAGUCUCGGCAAGGCUGAGCCUCACCAAGCCUUUGUCAUUGAAUUCUUUGAUAACCCAAGAAAAAAGGGCUCCCAGCCCUUCACCAAUAACACAUCCCCACCUGAGCCCCCAGGCCUCAAGGUCCAGCAGGAGAAGGGGAGGAAGAGCUCAAGCCCAACAACGGAGAGACAAGUCCCGUCUCCAACCACCGGCACUCCCCCAACCCAACGAUACACUGUCCCCUUGAGAGGCUCUGCUUCCACUGGCCCCCAUAGAGCUGGCUCUCUACGAAGGGAGAAGACAGAGGACCGGAUCAGCACCACCAGUUUUUCCUCUCGCUCUUCAUCAUCUGUAUCUGUAAGGCCCUUUAGCAGUGUGGGACGGAGAUCCAAACUCGCCCAGGAAUUUACUGCUGAAUUACUCAAACAAACAAAGCAGUCUGCUUCCUCCAGCUGGAAGAAAAAUACAUCUAGUCCCCCUACAGCUGCUAAAAUGGAGAGAGUGGUAGUAUCCCACACUAGUCCCCCUCCAUCUAACGCUCACUACCAGCCACAGACUUCCUCUCCCAUCCACCAGCCGGUCCCCCUCAAGGCUCCUGUAAUGCCUCUGACUUCUCAGAGUGUGGAAGUGAACAGUCCCCAUGUCUGCCCCAAAAACGAAGAGGAUGACAGUCUGAGUGACGCAGGAACCUACACCAUUGAAGCAGAUGUUCAAGAUGGAGAGCUAGAAGAGGCACGCAGCAAGAUUGACCAGGUGUUUGGUGUUUUUGAGAGCCCAGAGCAAACCAACCAGAGUGAAGCAGAAACAUCAUCAGCAUUUAGUCCUGUUACUGAUCAGAGCAGGGAGCAGCAUAGGCAGAGUAGCUGCGGGGAGUUGAGCCCAGCUCCAGAACAGGGACAGAGUCUGGUAAAGGGUCAGCCAGCAGGUGCAGUGUUACAGGGAGCACCUAAAUGGAUGUCUUGCUGGGCCAGCCUGGCAGACAGCUACACAGAAUCUGGCCCUUCGUCUGGGCUCUUUGACAUCCCUUCCCAGAUGGAGCUGUCAGGAGGGGCCCGAGACACAAUAAUCCACAAGGCCACGCUCAGCCGACACAACAACAGCACUGACUCCAGUGGUUCAAGAGCUCGGCGAGUCCUGCCCCAGGUACCACUGGGGGAGAAGAGUGACGUUCCAACUCCCAGCAUUCAUGUCCAUUAUGACCCACAUUCAACAUUUGAUGUAGAAGAGAAUAGCUUGAUGGCCCCCAGGUCUCAGGAUGGCCUUCACAGGUUAUCGGUGCAGGACGAUGUAGAACCUGACAGCCUGAGUGAUGCCAGCAGGUCAGAUGAUGGUUCCAUCAUAGAGCAAAGGAGGAGGCCACUGUCGGACACAGAAGAAAAGAAAAAUGAGGACAAAAACAGACUCCCAGCCAAGUCUACAUCAUUCUACAUCGGGUCAGAGGAGUCCGUGUCCAAACUUGAAGCUGGAGGCUCAAAACCCAGCUCUCCUAAGACUGAAAGAAAACAAAUAACAAAAACUUUCUCAACAGCUACCCUGACUAAACUGAGAAGUAACCAGGACUGUGGAAAGGUUAAGCCCAAUGUGUCUGUUUCUGUCCUAGGCUCGGGGAGUCCAGAGUCCAAAGAGGGCACGGUAUCCCCAUUAAUCAGACAGGAGAGCUUCACCAAGGAGCAGCCUAGCAGUGGCAGAUUGCCCAACAUCUCUAGCCAGCCUUUUCAGAGAGACCCAGACCCUGAAUCGUUCCAGGGGGUCUGCAAUCAGGACACUCAUGCUUACCUCAAAGAGACAGAGAAUGUUCUGGCUGUUCUGGAGGCCAAACUCCAAGCAGGACAAUCAGAAACCACACCGUCUCCAAUAGCGGACUCUCUUUCUGGGGAGUCUGAUGUGGAUACCUCCAGCACAGUCAGCCACCAUAGCAAUAAGACCAGGCCAAACACAGUGACUAAAAAACCUUCUGUUAGUGGUCUCCAUAGGGAGAGGUCUUCAGCCAGUAUAGUAAGUCAGGACUCUCGUCGCCAGUCCACUUCAUCAGAAAAACGGUGGUCUCAGGAAGCAGACCGCAACAAUAGGACUGAGUCUGUCAGGAGACCAGUUGGACUAAGACGUAGCGUUGGGAAAUGUGGCUCCACAGACCUAAGUGACGACCCUCAGAGCUUACCUUACUCUGAUCAGGACUCGAACAACCACCAAACCCGCAAAAAAUACACAGUGCCCCUUCAGAAGGAUGACGCUAAGACCACCAGAGUGUCCCAGGCCUUGAGUCGCACCAACAGCUUGUUAGCUCCAAGACCCACUAGAGCAUCCAUGCUCCGUCGGGCUCGCCUGGGAGAAGCUUCAGACAACGAAGGCCCAGAGACAGACAGGCCGUCCCAGGAGGCAGGCAGUGCCCCAGCUAAGCAACCCCAGGAAACCAAGAAACUCUCCAGACUGGAUAUGUUAGCGAUGCCCCGCAAGCGGACAAGCUCUUUCAACACACCCAGUGACACAGAGUCCUCUUCCACCCCACAGUGGACCGGCAGGAGCACAGGAUUCUCCAACCGCAGCACAGAGUCAGGCGCCAGCUCAGUUCGAAGGGCCUCUGCUCCGGGGACGAAGCCUGUAGAAAAGCCCCAGAAAACAGCACUCAACAUGACACCAAUAACUCGCGGACGUUCAAACAGUGCCAAAUAUGCCAGCAGCACCACAAACUCCAGGAGACGACAGAAAGGCUCUGACUAUACCUCUACCUCAGACGAGGAGUAUGACUCAAACCAGAGCACUCCUAAACACAAACGCUCCCAACCUUCCUCAGCUUCCCAUAGCCCGCGUAAUCGCCCUCGCCCUCGGCCUCAGCCGGUGGUCGCCCUGCGUCCGAAGCCCCACAGCAGAGAUUCUGAGGAGGAGAACCAUGAGGGAGACACGUUCCACAAUUGGUCCAACCACAGUGCUGAGAUAGCACGCCAUAUUUCCCGCCCUGCUAGGUUGAGUCAAGACCUGGCUAAAGACCUAGCUAUAUUGGCUCGAGAGAUCCAUGACGUGGCAGGUGAUGGUGAGCUACAAAACCCUGGAGUGGAGAGCAAUGCGCCCGUCUCCACAGUGACCACUCACGAACAGCUCGUUCAUCAUAUUCCAGAGGCUGGAUUAAACUACCAGAGAGUCCCACCAAGUUCUACAUCUACAAGGGACCUUGACCAAAGCUUGAGUGACCAUGAACAGAACUGCAGGCCGCAAGCUCGUAGCAGAGACGAGGUCAUUGUGGACAUUCUGAUGCUAAAUCCUGUGUCUCAGAUCAUCAUGACCAUAAGAGAAAACACUGAGCAACUUGCUGACAAAAUUAAGGUACUGUUCCAGGGCAAGAUGGAUAUCUGGGAAGAAAUUGAGACCAAGGUUAAUUCUGACAAUAAUUUUCCUGUUGUCAAAACCUCCAACAAGGAAAUCACGUCUAUCUUGAAAGAACUCAGGAGAGUUCAACGACAACUUGAGGUCAUUAACACAGUCAUGGAGCCCAAUGACCAGCCUGAAGCAUCCAAGGCCUCAGCCUCUUUGGUCUCCUCCUCGUCUGGAGUUCGUCCCUCCAGACCUCCCACCUCACGAGACUUCAGAACAGUCCACUCUGCCUCCAAACGUGGUGGCGGCCUGAGGCCCAGUGAGAGCAUCAGGAGAGCAGCUGUGACACCAGACGAUCUCAGAGAGGGCUAUUUGGUGUGAGAUGUGACACAAGUGCUGAACUUCUGCUGUUCCACCACAAACCCAGGUGUCGGACCAUUGUGCAUACAAUGAAACCAGGAGGGAGGAAGUGAAACGCAGAACUGUAGCCUCCUGUAUAUCCAAACAUACACACUACUGCACUAUACACCUACACAGGGGUGUAAUUCACAGUGAAGCCUCUACUAAACACCGUUAAAAUAUGCUCAGUGAGAGGGCUACAUAUGAGGUGAUGAUUUAAGGAAGUACCAAAAUACUUCAGUAAAUCUCCCCUUCACCUCUGACAGGCCUCGAAACUAUACUUGAUUCUCUGUGUGUUAAAGGUUGACCUCUUUAUUUGCCAAUGAUAUGACCAACAUUUAAAAGUUCAUUGUACUUACUUGGUUUAUUAGUAUAAAAAAAGUAUAAAAAAACAGCCUGAGCAUAAUCAUCUCAGGAGAAUUUGUUAAUAUUUUUAUGUUUAGUGACAAAUCACAUUUUGAGGAAAUAUUAGUUGAUGGGUAUUUGUUUUGGGUAGAAAGAACUGCAGUAACACGAUGCAGAUCUGGUGUACUUGUAUCCACAGUAAACCCACUACCUUUCCUUAUGUGUUCCAAGUUUUUGUCUUUGUGGACCAGAUUUAUCAAAGAAUGUAAAGUAUUUAUUAGGGGUCUUUUGUGAGACGCUGUAACCGAGACAACAUGACUUUGGGAGAGUUGGUGGACUCUAGUGCCAGACCAGUUAAUGUUAUAUUACACAGUUGCUACCAGCCAGUUUCUUUUGUAUUUAUUCUGUUAACAUUUCCCAGGGUAGAGACUCUGUCCAGGCCCUCCUCAGUACAUGGACUCUAUAUUUUGUCCAAGUGGAGAUGAAAAUCCCUCAGGAAUGUGUGAGCCAAAUGGUAGGAGGGAAUCGGCCCAUAGUUUAGUUACCUGGCAACCACAAACUCAAGUUGGCUAGAAAACGAAUUUUCAAGCAUUCCUGGCUCCUCUACCUUCUGAAAGGUAUUUUUUAUUUUUCAAACAAAGCCAGGGGAAUUGAAACUUGACUAUUGUCUUGUGCUCCUCAGACAUGGACACAACUGCUAGGACUCCUUUAUCUGUGUGUGUGCUGAGCUCCUCUCACCACACCCAAACCCCUCCAUAUGCUCAAGAUCUGAUAUUUCCUCUAGUCUCUCAAGUCACAAGGUCCCUUCUGAUAGGUCCUCACAUGACAGGAGAAGUAAUUUUAGCAUUUACGUUGAUGUGGUCAAUUGUUUGAAACUGUAAGUCUGAUUUAUGAGUUUGUGACAUUCUGUUUUUCAGUAUGCAAAUGUAUAAAGAUAUUUAUAUGUCCUACAAAUUACCUCUCAACCAUGUCUUUUUGCACUAAUGUAGUACAAAAUUCUCCCCUCCACCUGAUAAGCUGCAAACUGAAAGCCUUUACUGCCAAAGAUUGUAAACAUUUGAAGAAGCAGGAAAGAACGUGACCUAGUAUACCAGCAAGUUUCCCUCACCCAGUCCCGACUUGUACAUGUGAUGGUAAUUGGGAAGUACCUAUAUGUGCCACAGAGCUGUGUGUGUGUGUGUGUGUGUGUGUGUGUGUGUGUUCCAUGCAGCCACAGUGGUUGUUUACAAACUGAAGCAGAAAUUGAAUGUUUGCCCUUCUGGCUCCUCUUGCUCAGAGUGUUGCUGCUAUUCUUCUUCUAUGGUAUAGUAUUUCCCCUUUACUUUACUCAGCUACAAAGCUACAGCAGGUUUGAGAGCUGAAUUGUAAUUCUUGUUUGUCAAAUGUCUCCCCCCCACCCCCCCUUUGAUAUUCAAUUUGUUCCCUCCUUUCAGCCUGGAUGAUUCCGUUGUAAUCGCUGUCUUGUUAGCUGGUAUUUAUGUUCGGUUAUUUGUGUAAUCCAUUAGCUGAUGAUUUCAGGUUUUUCAAAUAAAUUUUGAUUUGCAAAGUU